UCUUUCACCCUUUUGCUCAAUCUUGAUGUUUCCUCAAAAAGCUUCAGGUUAAUAGAGCUGAAAGACAAUACACUCGACCCUUACAAAUUUCUCAUACAAUCCAUGAUUGUCUUACACCCUUUUGCUUUCCUUCCUUCUUGCACCACCAUUACAUGCUCAAAACCUUUUUCUCAUGACAAUCACUUUGUGCUAUCUUCAAUGGCUCUCCGUAUAGUCCCGAAUAAUGCCAGGACAAGAACAUUCUUAUGCAGUGCUAGUAGUCAGCCGAUGGAUUUGAAUGGUAUGGACUUCAAUAUAGACGUCAUUAAGGAAGAUUUGGAGCUUCGGGGUGAUGGCGAAGGUGGGUUUUUGGAUCAAGGUUUGUAUGCAAGAAGUGAUGAAAAUGACAUUGUUGAAAAAGCAGCACAGGAAGGUGAAGAUGACGAUUCUGGAUACUCAGAUCGAGGAUCAUAUACAGGUAAGCCAGAGAAGGAUUAUGAUAAAGAUCCAGAACUCGGUAACAUUCUGGGGAAUUUUCUGGAGAAUCCCCAAGAGGCACAAUCCCAAUUGGAAGAUAGAUUAAGAAAGAAGAGGCACAAAGUACUGCACACAAAGACUGGAUCUGGUAAACCAAUGAAAGUGUCAUUUAACAAAUUUGAUUUUUCAAACUCAUUCAUAUGGUUUGAAUUCUACAAUGUUCCAUUGGCCAAAGACAUCUCCUUAAUUUGUGAUACAAUUCGAUCAUGGCACAUUAUUGGCCGUCUUGGUGGAUGCAAUGCCAUGAAUAUGCAACUUUCACAGUCUCCAUUGGAUGCACGACCAAGUUAUGAUUAUAUUCAAGGAGCAAAUGUUGAACCAACUACAUUUUACAACAUUGGGAAUCUUGAGGUGCAAGACAACUUGGCUCGAAUAUGGGUGGAUAUUGGAACUGUUGAACCUUUGCUUCUUGAUAUUUUGAUAAAUGCUUUGACACAGAUAAGCUCCGAUUUUGUUGGGAUCAAGCAAGUGAUGUUUGGUGGAGCAGAAUUUGAGAGUUGGAAUGAGGAUUUGAAAACAGAGGAGGCAGGUUAUGGUGUUCAUAAAAUCUAACCAUUUUUUAAGGCAUAUAAGGAUUUUGAAAUUGUCUGACAAAUUUCUGCAACUGCAAUUUGAAAUACAAUUAUAAACACAAGUCAUUUUAAUGUGAUUGAAUCUCAAUGCUUCAACUUGUUAAUGUCUAACUUUGAGAAAUUUUUGUUUGA